CAGCGAGCAGAAAGCAUACAUAAUUAGGCAUUUUAAAAUUAAUGUCCAUAUAUUAUGGUCUGAGUAGACAGCCAUUAACUAGAAAAUGGCCUUAUACUGGAUCUACAUUUCACUUCACACAUUCUCUGCAGAAGAGUUGGAUAUAUGUACGUAACACAAAACAUGGAGGGUGGUGCUCAGUGCUUGGCUAAUUCUGCGCCUCUGACGCCCGUGAUCUUCCUAGAGCGAGCCGCUCGUGUUUAUGGAGACAAGGUGUCGAUUGUUUAUGGUGAAGUUAGCUUCUCCUGGAGAGAAACGCAUGAAAGAUGCCUCAAACUCGCUUCUGCUUUGGUCCAAAUGGGGAUUUCUCGUGGUGAUACUGUAAUUUGAUUAUUUUUCGUUUCUAUUAGAAAUAAACUGAUUUCAUGAAU